AUGGAUUUAUCACGCGAUUUCCAUGACACCAAAAACCCUGGGGAGUUACGGCAACUACUUGCCUACGGUACGGCACUAGGUGAACUGCUGAAUUUGAUCGCCUUCAGCUUGAUACCAACAAUGGUAGAACUUCUUAUUGCGAUAUAUAUUCUAUUCAUUCGGUUUGGACUCUAUAUGGCAAUGACAAAUCUGUUAACCAUCCUGCUCUUCUCUUGGUCCAGUCAUAAGUUUUUGACGCGGCAGAAGGUCAAACUGGAAGAAUGGGAUGCCGCUCAAGAAAAUCAAGAAAAGGUACUAUAUGAAGCGGUUACCAAUUGGCUGACUGUGACCUACUUUAACCGUGUCAAUCGUGAAAAAGAUCGUUACCUGCGCACAGUACAGAAUCUAUCAAGAGCAGGGAAUCGAUACAAGCAUUGGGCGGAUCUGAAAGCCAUGGUCAACCAGGGCAUUUUAAAAGCUGGCUAUGCAUGUGCCUGUUUGAUAGUUCUAUCACAAAUCCACCAAGAGCAAAAGUCAAGUGAUAUCGUUUUAGUUGCAACUAACUGGAGGGACCUUAUUAGCCCAUUUCAAAAAUUAGAUUCCCUUGCCGAGUCAUUCAACACAAAGUUCACGGAUGCGAGGCGCAUAAUACUUCUCCUCAAGCGAGCUCCAUCGGUUCAAGAUCAGGCACAUGCUGCUUCCUUGUCGUUAGAGGCUCCAGGCAGCGUACAAUUCAAUAAAAUAACAUUUGCAUACCCUGGCCGGCCCCAAAAUGUUUUGCAACAGAUAUCCUUCGAAUGUCAAGCUGGAAAGACUACAGCUAUUGUGGGCAAAACUGGUAGUGGAAAAACUACGAUCUUCAAUCUGAUUUUACGACAAUUCGACCCCGAUGGGGGUGCGGUCAUGAUAAAUCAACAAGAUGUUCGCACUGUGACGAUUGAUAGCAUCCGAGAAUCUAUCGGAAUAGUGCCCCAGGAUGCCAUUCUUUUCAAUGCAUCUAUAGAAUACAAUCUUCAAUAUGCCAACCCCAACGCUUCACAGGAUGAUAUCGAAAAAGCAUGCACGGAGGUUCAUCUCCAUCACUGGAUUCAGAGCCUUCCAGACGGAUACAAAACCAUUGUAGGCGAUAAAGGAUUGAAACUAUCAGGAGGAGAGCGCCAGCGCCUGUCAAUUGCACAAGUUAUCUUGAAAAAUCCCAAAAUAUUACUUCUGGAUGAGGCAACAAGUUCAGUUGAUUACGAAACCGAACGUGUUAUCCAAGGGGCUUUUGAAAAGUUGAUGAGUGGGCGAACAGUGAUUGUUAUUGCACACCGCUUGCCCACAGUUCGUCACGCAAAUAGGAUAAUAGUUCUUAAGGGGGCAAAAAUUUCGGAUCAAGGAACUCAUGCCGAGCUAAUGAGUCGCGCUGGGUACUACCGGGAUGUGUUGAAUAGAAAUGGAUUGCUCGUUUCCAGCACUAAUGAUGAAAAAACUGUUAGCAGCUAA